UAAAACAAAUAAGGUGUCUAUGACUUCGUCACAUGACCCUAUUAUUUUGUCCCCGUGAUCAAGUUGAGAAAAUUCAAAAAUAAUUACGCGCAAUGGCCAAAGUGGAAAUUGACAUUGAUAUGCAUGACCAUUCUCUCGAAAACAGUGGAGACGGUGAACUUAUGGGCAUGGUAGACGAGGGAUCUUUCGGGAGUGCUGAGGAUCGGUCUCAAUUAGUGGCUCAGUCAUUAUUCGAGUCCAACGUGGACACCACUACAUAUAACUUCAGAGAUUUGUCUGGCGGUGUAACAUACAAGUUAGUCCAAAUGACAUCUGGCGAGGAGUCCACCAAUAACAUAGCAGCCCACUCACCAACACAUGUCCUUCCAGAUGGCGAAUUUUUUGUAAUAAGCAACCCAGUGGAGGUGUUCGGGACUGGCACAGCACAAAAGAAAACUAUCCGCACGGAACGGCUGCAGGCAAAAGCAGUUACUGCUAAAAAACGAGACGACAAAAGGCGAGCGACACACAACGAGGUAGAGAGGCGCCGGAGAGACAAAAUCAACACUUGGAUCACGAAGCUGGCUGCCCUGGUGCCCAACUCGGGCCUGCCCGACACAGCAAGCAAGGGCGGCAUACUGGCCAAGGCUUGUGACCACAUCACAGAACUUACGGAGAAACAGAAGAGAUUAGAAAAGAUAGAAGUAGACAACGAAAAGCUGGUACUAGAAAUAUUAAGGCUCAACCAAGAGCUAACCGAGCUCCGGAAAGAAAAUGUGACGAUGCGGAACCAACUGGCCGACAACUGCGUGGUGCCGCGGCCGAAGGCGCAGAAGCCUUAGCUGGAGCCCUAACCUGUGCUGGUUUAGAACUGAACAUAGGACCUCGAUAUCCGCAUGAAGCG